AUGGACGACUCGGCGACGGAGCGCACAACUUCGAAGCGACCGUACGCGGACGACUCGCGCGACUCCCGCGACUCCCGCGACUCUCGUGAUUACCGAGACUCUCGUGACUCUCGUGAUUACCGUGACUCUCGUGAUGGUCGCGACCGUGAGCGAGACCGGGAACGCAGCAGUGCCAGCGCCAGUUCCAGCAGCCGAUCGAGCUCGAGCCGGUCUGACUACGACCACCGCGAUUCCCGCGACCGAGACCGAGACCGAGACCGAGACCGAGACCGAGACCGAGACUACUCUCGCGACAGUCGUGACAGCCGUGACUAUGGCAGGGACCACGGAGGACGGGACUAUGGCCGAGACGACAACCGAUCGUCGUCCUCGUCGUCGUCCUCAAGCAUGAGCAAGCGACCAAGGAUGGACUCGGACGCCCCUGGUGCUUCUGGUGCCUCUUCAUCAUCAUCAUCGUCGUCGUCGUCAGUGCUGUCUGGCGCUCGGUCUGGAGCCGGAAGCGAUUCGACACUGGGCGAUGAUGCUUCUGCUGCUGGAUCGUCAUCCUCGUCCGCAUCGUCGUCCAGCAAGCGUCAGCCGCUGUCAUUGGAAGCCCUCGUUGCUGAGCGACAGCAGCAACAGAAUGUGCAAGACAAGCCGGUAUUUCUCACCAAGGAACAGCGCGCAGAGCUGGCCAUCAAAUGUAGCCAGGACGAAGUGAAUGCCCAACGUGCUCGACUCCAGGGUGGCAUUGCCAUCUUGGCAAGCGGAGCAAGCUCAUCCGACCACUCCAUGUCCACCUCGAGCGGUACUAGUAGCAGCAGCAGCAGCAAUGCCGCCGGAAGCUCGAAUGGAUCAUCGUUCAACCGCGGCAGCAGCAGUGAUCGCGAUCGUGAUCGCACCGACCCAUAUUCGCGCUUCUCAUCAGACCGUACUUCCUCGAACGAUCGCGACCGUCCCCGCGAUAGUCGCGACCGCUUUGAUCGUGGUGGGCGCGACAGCCGCGAGCCGCGUCGCUCCGAGGCUGAAAUUGCAGCCGAAGAAGAGCUCAAAGCAAACAAGGAACGCUACUUGUCUGGCCAGGCCGUCCAAACAAACCGCAAACGCUUGGAUCGCAAGUUCCUGUUCGAAUGGGACAACCAGGACGACACGUCCAUGGAUUUCAACCCCUUGUACAAGGAGCGCCACCAGGCCCAGUUGUUUGGCCGUGGCCAUAUUGCUGGCAUUGACCCGACGAGCCAGCUGAAGGCGUCCUUCUACCGCGACUAUCUUUCUGCCCGCCAAACUCAAGAGGAGAACGAGCGUGUCGAAGAACGCCGGCGUGAAGAACUCCUCAAGGAAUCCCGAGUCAAGUUUGACGAGCGCCAUUGGGCCGACAAGCCGCUGGACCAAAUGACAGAGCGUGACUGGCGCAUCCUGCGAGAAGACUACAACAUUGGUGCGAAGGGCGGCCACAUUCCACGGCCGAUGCGCAACUGGAAUGAGAUUGGCCUGCCAACUGAAAUCCUCGACAUUAUCACGGAUUUGGGCUACACUGAGCCGUCGCCCAUUCAGCGUCAAGCCAUCCCCAUCGGCCUGCAAAACCGCGAUGUUAUCGGCAUUGCGCAAACGGGCAGUGGUAAAACGGCAGCCUUUGUCAUCCCGCUUCUCGUGUGGGUUUCACGCAUUCCGCGCCGCCUGCGCGAGCAGACUGUCGACCAUGGUCCCUUUGCCAUCAUUAUGGCGCCAACCCGUGAACUUGCCCAGCAGAUCGAGGUCGAGACGCUCAAGUUUGCCAACCCGAUGGGCCUGCGCACCGUCUGCGUCAUUGGUGGUCUUUCUCGCGAAGAACAAGCCUUCCAACUCCGGCUGGGCUGCGACAUUAUCAUUGCCACUCCUGGUCGCCUGAUUGACAUUCUUGAAAACCGCUACUUGGUGCUCAACCGCUGCACAUACAUUGUGUUGGACGAAGCCGAUCGCAUGAUUGACAUGGGUUUUGAGCCGGAUCUCAAGAAAGUGCUCGACUUCUUCCCGGUCUCCAACAUGCGCCCAACGGACGAGCCGGACGAAGCCCUUGACGCGGUGACUUACCACACGCAAAAGUUUGAAAACAUGGACAUUGAUUCGAUUGUCAAGACGCGCUACCGCCAGACAGUCAUGUUCACAGCCACCAUGCCUCCGCUUGUGCAGCGGCUGGCCCAGCAAUACAUGCGCAAGCCUGCAGUGGUCACCAUUGGAUCUGCAGGCCAAACCGUCGACCAAGUCACGCAGGUCGUGGAAAUCAUGACCGAAGCGAACAAGCGCAAGCGUCUGCUCGAGAUCUUGGGCGAAGAGCACGAGCCCCCAAUCUUCAUUUUCGUCAAUCAAAAGAAGGGCUGCGACUUGCUGGCCAAGUCUCUCGAAAAGCUCGGCUAUCGCGUUGCGUCGCUCCACGGUGGCAAGACGCAAGAGCAGCGUCAGGCCGCCCUGGACGGCUUCAAGUCUGGCGAUCUCGAUCUGCUGGUUGCCACGGAUGUCGCAGGUCGCGGUAUUGACAUUAAGGAUGUCUCUCUUGUCAUCAACUACGACAUGUCCAAGACUGUUCAGGAGUACACGCAUCGCAUCGGUCGUACUGGUCGUGCCGGCAAGAAGGGUCUCGCCAUCACCUUCUUGACCAACGAGGACACGGGCGUGUACUACGAGCUCAAGCAGAUUUUGAUCAACUCUCCAGUGUCCAAGUGCCCUCCCGAUCUCAUGAACCACCCCGAAGCGCAAAACCCGCCCGGUCAGAUGUCCAGCAAAGAUUUGCGCAAGAUGGGUUUUUAG